AAAGAAUCUUCCAUCUUGCUCGAUUGCUCUCUCCUCAUUCUUUUGCUUGCUGCUUGAUCCAUUCAUUCAAACAUUCAUCCAAAACGACACCAGUAAGAUGACAGAUCCCAAGGACGACGACCACCCCAGCGACGACAGUGAUGAUGACGACAAGACGCUAACCGACAAAGAAGCGGAAGCUCGAGCGAUUCGAUUUGCGCAACGGCACGGUAUCAUCUUGAACAAAGAUGACAACCCCAACAAGAUCAAGUUCAAGGCCAAUAUCUGGCAAGUCUUGGCAGUUCCCGGGAUCUUUGUUUUCAUUAUCUUUGUUGGAUUACUUGGAUCGAGUGAUUGGGGCACGACUCCCGUUUAUAAGGGUCCGGAUAAACUCGAUGCGAUUAUGGACUUUAUCGAGGCUCGAGCCGAAAUGAUCUACAAGGAGCGUGGUGGUGCCAUGAGUAAUUUUGCCAAUGCCAAUUGCACCUUGUUUCUCGGCAUGAGUACCAUACCGUGGAGUGGAAUGUCUCUCUUUGCGGGUCGUGACUAUGCCAAGGGAGAAGUGGUGAUUUCAGCUGCCCAUUUUCUACCCCUCUAUGACAGCAGGGAUGGAUCUACCUAUACCUUAUCCCUUCAACAAUACGCAUUCUUACUCAAGCACCAUCAUUUAGUGGCAAACGUCGAUGGAACCACUUUUUGGAAUGAAACUGAUGACAAUAAUGACAACAACCAUACUGAUUACAGUCUUCGAGCCUCAAAGCAAAUCCACGCCGGUGACGAAUUGUUUCUUCCCUUUACCAGUCACCCUCACAGUAAACUACCACUCGACACUACUACUACUACUAAUCCUACCGGCGUCUUUGACGAUAUUCCCACUCAACCAGAAUACGACUUGGCUGAAGAAAUCAUUCGAGAUACCUUGUUGAGUUUCCCCAUGAAACGAGGGCGGAUCAUGGUCAAUGACAAGGAAAUUGAAAAGACACUCGUGCUAGUCUACAAGGUGGCGCGCAAACUCAAUCCCAAAGUGCUCCGAUUCUUGCCUUCCACCAAGCGAGAACUAGAUCCAUGGAUAUCAUUCAUUCGAAGAGCAGAACCCUUUGGCAAGGCUGCACUUCAGGAAAAAUCCAUGAAUGCACUGGAAAUGAAUGCCCAAUGCAUGAGUCAUCACAAUCAAAAUGCCAACCGCGAACUACUGCAACAUGAUGGAGACUCGGAUGUUUCAUUGUUGGCCACACAGCAAUUCUUGAAUGGAACGACCGUCUUUGCAUCUCCUCUGCUACUGUUGCCACUUGGAAGGAAGAAUGAAGCCCGUAGAUGUGCCUCUGUGGACCACGCUGUUGUUGAUGAUGACCAGGAAGAAUGUAUCAUGCCACCAGAGGGAGAGGAAUUGGUAGAAGAAGAGGGUAUUGUUGUAUCGCAGAAGCAAGCCAACAAGUACUGCUUCCAACAAGCGCAUCUGCCAUUCUUGCUUUGUCCGCUCUCUCCAGCCGCCAUGCUCAUCACAUCAUCCGCCGGAACCGAACCGCCCAAUGUGGAGUUCCAAUGGAGUCGCAGGAUUAAGCGCAGAAAUACAAAAGCAUUGGCCAUGUCGCCAGAGCAGGUGGCACAGGAAUUGCUCUACUCGACAAAGUUAUUCAUGGAGGUGGUCGCACUCCGGGAAAUUCAAGAAGGUGAAAAACUCAUUGCGGACAUGUCCGAAGAUACAAUUGCAACUCUUUUGGCGUGGAACAAUGUGACUGCGGUGAAUGGAGAAGGAUGAAUCUAAGAAGGAUCGGACAC